AUGGCACAGAGCGUGGUCUAUGCCGACCUGAAGUUUGCCGCUGGUCCCUCAUCCACCGUCCCCGACGACGACGACAGCCCCUACGAGAACGUGCCGCUGGGGCCGGUGACAGCAGAGCCCAUCCCAGGGCGCUGGAGCCGCCGAUGGCGCGUCCCCAGAGAGCUGAUGGCAGCCAGCCUGCUCCUGCUGCUGCUGCUGGUGGCCGUCGUGGCACUGGGGGCUUGCUACUGGCAGGUCACCCGCAGCCUGCAGGACACCUCCCGUGAGCACACGGCCGAGCAGGGCCGCCUGUCACAGGAGCUGAGGGCACGGGAGCAGAGCCUGGAGCAGACACAACUGGAGCUGGCAUGGGCCAGAGGGGAGCUGCAGCGAGCAUGGCACAAUGGCAACAUCACCCAGCUGGAGCUGGACAGCCGGAAUGCUGAGCUGGGGCAUACCCAGCAGAAGCUGGCUGUGUUGCAGGAAGAGAUGCAGGUGGUGCAGGGGAGGCUCAACACCAGCGAGAGCACUGUGAGCAGCCUGCGUGCCUGCAUGAACACAGAUUGCUGUCCCAGGGGCUGGGUACUCUACAGGAGCAAGUGUCUCUACAUCUCGGUGACAAAGAAGACCUGGCACGAGAGCUACCAAGACUGUGCAGGGAAAUCUGCUCGACUGCUGGUCCAAGACGAUUGGCCAUCAUGGACAGUGCCGCAUUUUGUGCAUGAUUCUAAUGUAAGCUACUGGAUUGGAGCAAGACUUUUUUAUGAGAUGAGAUCUUCUGUGCGGACGGGCCAAAAAUACCACUCGAAACACCAUAAUUCAGACUGCUGGUCAGUAGUUGGUGGGGAAAUGUGGAGUAAGUGGUGUGGGAAUCGCUUCCUGUGGAUCUGCGAGAAAUCCCCAAAUCUGAGAGGUGCAUCUGAGAUCCGACCUCCUUUUCUGGCCAAAGACUGA